UAUUCGUAUCUGUAUCAAUAGUAUUGCAAGUAAAAUAAAUUAUUUCUUGAUUCUACCAACGGGUGAAUUUACCUUUCUUUCCUUAGUUAUUUAAGACGUCGAAAUUAAAGAUGUCUAAAGUAGGAUGUUCUUCAACAUCAACCCAACAAUUCGAGGGCGAAGCACCCUCCUCUGUGGCACAAAAGAUGUGGGAAAUGUCUAAUGCGGUAGAAGUUGUUAGUUCAGUGGAUGAAAUAUAUCGGUAUGAUAAAAAACAGCAACAAGAUAUACUAGUUGCUAAACCAUGGGAAAAAGAUCCACAUUUUUUCAAAGACAUCAAAAUUUCCGCAUUAGCUCUGUUAAAAAUGGUCAUGCAUGCAAGGUCCGGAGGAACCCUCGAGGUAAUGGGUUUAAUAUUAGGUAAAGUAGAUGGAAAUACAAUGUUUGUCAUGGACUCUUUUGCCUUGCCAGUAGAAGGUACAGAAACUCGUGUUAAUGCUCAGGCUCAAGCUUAUGAGUAUAUGAGUUCUUACAUUGAAGCAGCAAAGUUGGGCUACAAACCUGCAAAUGAGGAGCCUUCAGAAUACCAGACUAUUCCUUUAAAUAAAAUAGAAGAUUUUGGUGUGCAUUGCAAGCAGUACUACUCAUUAGAGGUAUCUUAUUUUAAGUCAGCUUUAGAUAGGAGGUUAUUGGAUUCUCUUUGGAACAAAUACUGGGUUAAUACUCUUAGCUCUUCUAGUUUACUAACUAAUGCAGAUUAUACUACAGGGCAAAUAUUUGAUUUGUCAGAAAAAUUGGAACAAUCGGAAGCAGCAAUUGGGCGUUGUGGUUGUAUUGUAACUGGAGAAAAACGAACCGAAGACAAACUAUUAAAAGCCACCAAGGAUAGUUGUAAAACCACCAUAGAAAUCAUACAUGGACUGAUGGCUCAAAUGGUUAAAGAUAGAUUGUUUAAUAGUGUGACUCCCAGUAACCGUAUACAGUAAAAAUAUUAGAUAUUUUCGUGGAAGAGUUGAAGUAUUUUUUGUUUUGUUCAUUGUCAUUUAAAAGUAUAAACGACAUGCUUUUUCAUCUUUUGAAAACUUGAAAUAAAUUAUUAGUUUAAUAAAUUUUUAAAUUU